AUCUGAUUCGCGUAUAGUACGGACACGGAAUUUCGGAAUCGGACCGCAGUCGGCAUCGGAAUUCGAGGUGUGCAGUACUCUUCGCGCUCGUUGUUCGUUUACAGCGUCGUUUGUGUGAUAUUACAUUUCGAGGCAUCGCCUGUGGUGUACCGCGAGUGUCGAAAAGUUUCGCGUUAUCUGUAAAUACAGUACAUCGUGUUGUAGUACGCGUAAAUACAAUAAUACAUCACGCCGGUAGUACGAGGGUGAGAAUUACUCGCGCCUCAAGGACACAAGUCUCUGCACGAUUCUAGUCCGAGACAUUAUUAGACCUAUAUAUCACGUAAAUCGCCGGGAAUAUAAUUAAAUCGUUCAAAGAUAAGUGCGCAUCGGGAGUGCCGAGAACAAUAUCGGUCGAUCGUUCGCAUAUUUCGCGUUGAUAUCGGGCGAAAAUUUUGUCGAGUAAAUUCCGCCAUUUUAACAUAUCAUCGCGGGUCUUUUUCAUUAGCGCGCGAAAUAUGAACGGUACAAUUUUCUCGUCCGAUACCGCGACUGUCGGUAAUUGAGAACUGUCAGAUUGGUACCUCGGACGGCCGUCUGAGAACGCCACGUGGACGCCGGGCGCCAAGAUGGCGCCGCCGCGCGACCGUAUUGACAGGUGCCUCGGCAGCAUGGCGACCAGUGUUUACGACAACUGAUCGCGGUCGAUUGAAUUCGCGCCGCGAGCGAGUGCCAAGACUCAGAUCGUUUCCCGGUAUCAGGUGGUGCUCGCGCGUUUCUCUUCCGGGUUAGGAGACGCGCGUUCUUCCGCGUCGCGAGUGUUUGACAGAUACAAAGUGCAAGGUACAGUAGAUCCCUUGGCCAAGUCAGCGUGUGCUGGGAAUUGCUUGGAGACAUCAGGUGGUGGCGGCGGAGGAGGAAUCGCUCGCUGGACACCUCGCGCUCGCGGAUUCCUUGAAUACCAUCGUCCUAAAUCCAUGAGGGGAUGAGCACUGGAGCAGGAGAUGGAAGUGGAGGCGGAGGUGUCGGAGGUGUCCAGAGCAGUGGUGGUGGUAGAAACACACCACCGCAUGGCUCGCCUACCCCCAUGGAUAAGGCGACCUUAAAGGUCCAUCUUCCCAACGGUGGCUUUAAUGUCGUCAAAUUUGGUGAUGCAAUCGACGUCAGAGGUAUCAUAUCUCUGGUGACUAGUCGAUUGGCCGUUGGUACCAGACACUAUCGGAAUCUGUACGCGAUGAGGCUUCACCAUCCCGGAUCCGGAGAGAGUUACUGGUUACAUCAGGAUACAACGAUGUAUCAGGUGCAAGAGAAGUACGAACGAAAGCAUCCCCACUGCGAAUGGAGGUACGAGCUUCGGGUGCGUUAUCUUCCUCAGAAUCUGAACGAUCUCUACGAGAAGGACAAAGUCACGUUUUACUACUAUUACGAUCAGGUGCGAAACGAUUACUUACUCGCGAAUCACUCCGCUCUGGAUCAAGACGUCGCGGUUCAGCUCUGCUGUCUGGAGAUACGUUAUUUCUUCAAGGACAUGCCGCAAAUUGCUCUGGACAAGAAGAGCAAUCUCGAAUACUUGGAGCGUGAGGUCGGCCUGCACAAAUUCCUACCACGUUCCGUGCUGAACGGGAUGAAGGCGAAGGCACUCCGAAAAUUGAUACAGCAGCACUUUAAGAAAGUCGCGGCGUUGUCCGAACUCGAGUGCAUGUUCAAAUUCUUCGAUCUGCUGCGAGCACAUUAUCGAUUCGAUCAGGAAAGGUUUAUAUGCGCCUUAGGGUCAAGCUGGUCGAUACCCGUGGAACUAGUCAUUGGACCGGACUUAGGUAUAUCAUACAUGGCCCAUCGAGGUGGAACUGUGCCGACUAGGAUGGCAGAAUUCUCACAAAUACAAUCCAUCCAAACGUUGGUAUCGGAUUGCAAAGAACAUGCGAAGGCUUGCAUUAAAUUAAGGGUUGCGGGUGCUGCGGAGACUCUCAGCAUCACUUGCUCCAGUCUGGAUCAAGCCGAAAGUCUCGCAGAUUUGAUUGAUGGAUAUUGUAGACUGGUCACAGGCAGCAACACUUCAUUGUGGAAUAGAAAAGCUGGAUCGUGGAAAAAUUAUCCCUGUCCGUGCAAAGAUGCUCAACCGCCAAAAUAUAGGCAAGAUGGUACCAGUAGUCCAGCCAGCGAGAAGAACGCUGGUAAAACUGGAACCAUUUUGUCCGAGGAUUAUGCGGAGAUUGUCGACGAAGAAGGAGAUUAUUCAACACCAGCUACUCGAGAUUAUGAAAUAGUCCGAAAUCAGGUAGAACUAGGUGAAAUUAUAGGAGAGGGUCAAUUUGGUAACGUCCAUAAAGGAUCGUACAAAGGAAGGGAUGGCCAAACCAUCGCCGUUGCUGUCAAGACCUGCAAAGUCGACGCAGAUCUUGCUACUGCCGAAAAGUUCCUCGAAGAAGCUUAUAUUAUGCAGCAGUUUGAGCAUCCGCACAUUAUCAGACUGAUCGGAGUCUGUUCGGAGGCGCCGAUUUGGCUCGUGAUGGAGUUGGCUAGACUCGGAGAAAUGCGUGCUUAUUUACAAUCUAAUAAGCACCGUUUGGACCUUGCAACACUCCUGUUAUAUACUUUUCAAUUGAGCACUGCCCUAUCAUAUCUCGAAAGCAAGAAAUUUGUGCACAGAGAUAUCGCUGCGAGAAACGUGCUGGUUUCGGCACAUAAUUGUGUCAAGCUGGCGGAUUUCGGCCUCAGUAGGUGGGUGGAAGAUCAAAGUUAUUAUACUGCAAGCAAAUGUAAACUGCCAAUUAAGUGGAUGGCACCAGAAAGCAUAAACUUUCGAAGAUUUACGACUUCGUCCGACGUUUGGAUGUUCGGUGUAUGUAUGUGGGAGAUUUUAAUGUUAGGCGUCAAACCAUUCCAAGGCGUGAAGAAUAAUGAAGUGAUACGUAAACUGGAGAACGGAGAACGACUCGCGCUUCCUAAUCACUGCCCGCCACGAUUGUACUCCCUGAUGUCUCAAUGUUGGAGUUACGAACCCAGCAAGAGACCGACAUUUAAAGAGAUUAGAGAAACUUUACACGAGAUCUUGAUAGAAGAGAAACAUCAACAACAAGAAACAAUGAGACGAGAAAACAGAAGAGUACAAGCCAUGUCCUGGGGUGCAGACGAUGUGCCGCCACCAAAACCCUCUCGACAACCGCAGAAUACGACGGAGCAGUCGCAGUUAUCCGCAGCGCCGGUAUCCACGUACAUCGUGGCGCAGAGUCCCGAGGUUCUUGCGCAGCUUCUCAAGGACAACCAAGCCAGAGGGGUAUGUCCCUCCGUGUACACGACUCCCGCAUCCCCCUUCAACACCCUGGCGGUGCAGUUUCAGGACGAGGAAAAAAUUCUAACCACUUCCCUCGUGUCCGAUCUGCCCUUCUUCGAUCCCGCGCUCUCCGAACCACCGUCCAUCGUCACGCACGACACAACCCAAUCGGGCGGCGACUCCACCCUGUCCGAUACCAACUUAGAUUCCCUCGAUUCCUCCCUUGACAACGCACCCCUCAUGUCGAGCCUGAGCAUUUCAGACACGACAACGCAGACGCAAUCGCCGGCCGCCAACCGAAAGCAGCAGAAGGUUAAAGAGAUGCAAAACUUGUAUGCGGUUAGCUCGAAGGUGGUCGGUAACGUCACGGGGGACCUGUACUCCCCCGUGCAGAAAUUUGCCGCGUCCAGCGCGACGCCGCCGCCGCCGCCGCCAUCCGCGGCCGCGUCAGCCGCGGUCGCGGGCAACACCUGCGGCGAGAUAUACGGACCGGUCGCUAGUUUCACCCAGAGCUCAGCUAUCGUUGGUAAUCUCAGUCAGAGCGCUAGCAUAGUAGGUGGUAAUUACGGUGAGAACCCCGGGAACUUUGGUCCCAGUAGUUUGGGCAGCAGCGUUAUAAUACCGAAUAGUAGUAGUCAGACGCAAUUCGUUACGCAUGCCCAGCCGAUUAAUUACAGCAAUUUCGCGGCUAGCAAUAAUAUAAACCAAGUAUUUGGUGGUGGUGGCGGCGGUCAGUCUACGAAUCCAAAUGCGAGCGGCGUGCAGAAUGCUAGUGCUAGCGGUGGUGGUGGUGGUGGUAGUAGUAUUAUUUACUCUCGUAAUAUUAGCUCGACGAAUAUAGCUGGUAGUUCGACGUCGAACGCGGAAUGUUUGUAUGGUCCGGUACUCAAGUUUCGCGCGCAGAACGCCCAGCCUCAGACAGCUGCGACCGAGUCGGUGUCCGUUGGUGCAACAGUUGGAAAUAAUUACGGUCAGGCCGCAAGAAAUAAUCUGAUGGCGCAGAAUCUACAGUCGCAGCAGCCAAUAUAUCAGCAAAACUACCCACAUCAGCAGAUCUAUUCAAAUAUCGCUCAACCGGGACAGCAGGCUAUGUAUCUGCCGCAAAUGCAACACGUGCAAAAUAUUGCACGGCAAAACGCCGUACCACAGGUUGUAUCAUACGCAGCGAUACAACAUACGAAUCAACAGCAGUCUCAUCAGUUGAGCGGUGCCAAUCCCAUUUACACAGCCCAUGCUACGUCUGUGUCGGUGGUUCAGGCGCAGAAGGUACACGUACCGACUUAUAUCCAUCAAGCGCAACCAUCAGCAGGAAUCAGCGGCCAGUCAACGACCUGUCAAGCAACUGGCACGAAUCAAUCAGCAAAUAUUGGGAUAAUACAAGUUUCCUCCGUUCCAUCGCAUUUUAUCAUGUCAUCUUCCGUAACUCAGCAAAAUAUCCAUCCGGUUCCAUCUACCUACGUGAUAGAUCAACCGAGCUCCCUUGGUCCUAGUUCUCUUGGUCCGAGUUCCCUUGGUGCAAGUUCCCUUGGCCCGAGUUCCCUUGGCGCGAGUUCUCUUGGCCCGAGUUCCCUUGGUCUGAGUUCCUUUGGUCCGAGUUCCCUGGGUGCGAUAGAUCACACUCAAGUUCAUGCUACGCUUGCCGGCAACAUAACGACGAUGAGUGCGCAUCAACAAGUAGCUCAGCUAUCUCAAACGGUUAGCGGCGUCGCGAAAGCGGUAAAUGUACCACAAAUUGCGACAGGUGUAGCCAAGAUCACCACGUUCGUGACAUCGCAAAAGCAAGACGAACAGUUGACGAGCUCGACAGACGGCACUCUCUCCGGUUCUCUGAUCUCUUCCGCUGUCAGUGACAGCACCAUGUCGUCUAGCAGCUCGAUGACAGAGGAGGCACAACAAGAUCAGAGGAACGCACACUCGCAAUUGUUUGACAAUCUGGCCGACAAUUUCAAUAGUGGCGUUGACGAUGAACAAAAGUUACUGGAGCAACGGUUGUUGGAGCAACAACGACAGUCUGAAGAGGAUAGUCGCUGGCUCGCAAGAGAAGAGAAACGCUUAUCGAUUGCAACGAGUGGUGAUGAAAGUGCUAGUCCCCCGGUUCCACGAUCAGUUACUCAGUCACCAAGUCAUGAACCGCAUUCCACCAAUACUGGCUCUCUUGGCUCGGACAAGGGUUCCGAGAAAGUAAUUGUGGUAAAGAAAAUGGAACCUACACCUACUGCAGAUUUAGACAGAACUAAUGAUAAAGUGUACGACUGUACAACAAGCGUCGUUCGUGCAGUUAUGUCACUGUCACAAGGUGUUCAACAGAGCAAGGCUGAUCAGUAUUUAGAUCUAGUACGUAGAGUAGGUAUCGAAUUAAGGGCACUACUAUCGUCUGUGGAUGUUCUUGUAGAAAUAUUGCCGAUAUCCGCGCAUCGCGAAGUGGAAAUGGCGCAUAAAGUAUUAAGUAAAGAUAUGGCUGAACUCGUAGCCGCUAUGAAAUUGGCACAAAAUUAUAGUGCCACUACGUUAGAUGCUGAAUAUCGGAAAGGAAUGCUUUCCGCAGCUCACAUCUUAGCAAUGGAUGCAAAGAAUCUCUUAGAUGUUAUCGAUUCCAUACGUAUUCGUUAUCCAUAUGUAGACAAUCAGAUUUGCCAGAAGCAGAACGAUGUUGUUAACAGGACGCGAGAAUCCACACCUGAAAAUCGUAUUCGCUCGAGUCAAUCCGGCGAACAAUUCUUGAGAAGAAGUCAAUCAACUGAACGACAGGGAACGACUUUCAGACAGAGCCAAAGUGGUGACCUGUUGCACAGAAUGGGCCAGUCUGUGGACCGAUCUUCACCAGGAAGUCAAUCCGAUCUCAACUCUGGCAGCAGUUUAGAGAGAAGACAUAAUAUAGUAACUAACAGCCUUGAACGUAACUCAACAGCGAGGAGACAAAUGGCCACUAAUAGUUUAGAGAGAAAGAGACCUUCAUUGACAUGUAACGCUGGGCCUAUGAAUAAUUCUGUUAAUUUGCCGCCCAUGAUGCCAGUCGCUUGCAGUUUAGUACAGACUGUUAGCCCCAUCAUACAUCCAAAUCAGUCAGUUACUGCAAGCAUUAAUCAGCAAACGGUAUUUGCAACUAACAGUAAAGCCACAAGUGAGACUCCGAUAAAUGACAGCUAACAACGAGGUUUCUUGAAUUGAGGACUACAUCGGAUGAUUGCUUAAUAUGUAUAUAAACAGAUGACGUUCUCCUAUCAAGUUACCUGUGUAUACAUCUACACGAAUACUUCAGCGACGGGAGAAAUAUAGUAUUUGUGCUUUUUUAGCUCUUUUUAACAUUUAAAAAUAUGCAGACAUUUUAUCUACGCGUACUUAUAGAUAGGACAGUAUUCAUUAGUUGUAAUAGGAUUAGUUAGUAGGAUAGUUUAUAGUUUAAUAAAAGAUUUAAGUCACAAUUAUAUAAUGAAAUCACAACUCCAAAGCUUUAGGAUUAUCACAAUUAUUUGUUAUGCGAUGACUGCAUAUACGAGGUGAUGCAAAGUUAUGUUUUGUUGUAAAAAAAACCUAGCAAGCAUUUAUUAAUAUUAAUAUUACUUAAUGAGGAAAAGACCUCGAUUUAUUCACACCAUUCACAUUUAUCUUAAGCAUCGCGAGUUAUAUUCGUAAUUGAAAAAUUUGUUGAUUUUACACGUGUCAUCUCGUAAUCAACUAAUAAUGUAUACAUACAUACAUAUAAACAUAUUUUAGGAGUGUGUAUGUAUAUAUUUAUAAAUAUAUAUUUAAAAAUGAAUAUCUUCUCUCUUCAAUCAAUAUCGCGCGAGAAUAUAAUUUCUUGUAGGACAUAAUCUUACAAUGUUGUUUUUAAUACAAGUUCGUAAUUUCAUAGUCUAUUUCCUGCCUGUAGGAAUACUAUGGGGAGUAAUUAUAAUGUAAAAAAAA